UUUUAUACUAAAAAUACGUUUUUCGUUUUGAUUAUUUUGGAUAUUCACACUUAAGAUGUAUUUAGAUGGACAAAUAAAUUUGUUGCUUUAUACAGAAGAAGAUAAGCAGGUAGUGAAAAAAGAAGUAGGAUUAAAAGACAGUGUGCUAGAAGAAGACAUCGACGCUGUACUCGAGUGGUUUAAAAAGGAACCACAUUUAGCUAAGGCACCAAUAGAACGCCAUUUAAUUGAGAAAUUUCUCGUCGUUGCAAAAGGUUCUCGUGAGAAAACAAAGAAACGAAUUGAUAAUUUUUACAAAUACAGAGCUCUAGCACCAGAAUUGAUACAAAGUAGAAUUGAAGCACUCGCAAAGCCGGACCAAAAAUUGUGGACAUUCUUUCGUCAAGCAAUUAUUCCAAAAUUAUUUGAUGGGAAAAGAAUAACAGUUGUCGGGUUUAGCGGUGAUGCGUCCGCUUUUGAUACCGAAGUUAUGUACAGAAAUAUUAUACUUACGGUUGAUCUGCGUUUAAAGUAUGAUUACAUGUUCACUGAUAUUUGGAUAGUAGACUUAAAUAAUACGGGACUCGGACAUUUGUUGCGUGUGAAUCCGGUUAUACUUCAAAAGGCAGUGAAUUUAUAUCAGGAAAGCGUUGGGAUAAGGGUUAAACAUAUACAUUGUGUGAAUGCACCAGUUUUCGGACAUCAUGUUGUAAAUUUCAUGAAGAAAUUCGUAAAAGCAAAGAUGAUUGACCGUGUUAUAAUACACGAUACGAUGGAAAGCCUGCACAAGUAUGUGCCCAAAGAGUAUCUGCCGAAGGAUUACGGCGGAGAUUUGCCGUCACUAAUAGAAUUUACUGAAAGUCUAAAUAGAGACGUGUAUAAUGAAAAAAUUAAAGGAGUGCUUAUUGAUUACUCUAAACUUGUUUCCGACGAAAGCAAGAGACCUCGAGAAAAAUAUGACGAAGAGUGUAUUGUGGGUUCAUUUAAGAAGUUAGAUUUUGAUUGAAUUUACAUUCAAUAAAAUGUAUUGGUGUUAGAAUAAUUU